GCUGGGGAGCCGCUAGACUUGUAGCUACAAGCAAAUACAGCUUGUUGCAUCAUAUCCAAGAGCUAUCUGAGUGAGCCUGUGGGUGUGUUUGUGUGGCUUUGUUAAAAAAAAAAUAUUAAGUCAGAUCAGGAAGUGUGAUGCUGUGACAGAACAGGAGGAAGCGGACUCAGAAUGGCACAGUAGGUCUCGGCUUGAUAACAUGAGAGGCCCCUGGCUGAAGACCCCUCUGCUGUUUCUGCUGCUGCUGUUCAGCCGUCUGACUGGGACAGCAUUUUGUGAAGAUGCCUCCACAGACACCACUACGCCAGGUAACGCGACAGCAGAUGGGGAGGUCCUAAAAGAUGGUGAUGAUGAUGAGAGCCAAGAUGAAGAUCACGCCUUAAUUCCUUACACCACAAGCAGCCCUCCAGAAACAGAAAUUGAAGAUCCUGGUUCAGGCGAACCUGAUACUUUACCAAGAAGUGUUGGAGAUAAUUUAAAUUUAACAGAUCCAGCAGAAGAAGAAGUUGACGAGUUAGAUAUCUCUCUCAUCCUGAUUCCUGCGGUUCUGGCAGUUGUAAUCCUUGGCGCCAUUGUUUGCGGCAUUUUCAUCAUGCGCUGGCGCAAUAAAAAAGCGGAGAACCAAGAGCUGAGUAAAGAAGACCCACAUUUGGAUGGAUCCAGCACAGAAAAGGUGCCCAUGCCAAUGUUUGAAGACGAUGUACCAUCUGUGCUGGAGCUGGAAAUGGAUGAAUUGAAUCAGUGGAUGAAAAAAGACAGUUAGAGGAUGCUCUGAUCAGGACAGGACACUUCCCAAAACAUGCUUUGCUUCCGGUUUUGAUGUUUCGACUCUUCUGCAAAAGUCUGACAAAUUUUCAUUCCAGAGGGGCUUAUUUACUGUCAGGACCCAACAGUAUUACACUGAACAUGAUUCAAUGAAGCAUCAGUCAUGUUUUUUCGUCAAAGAGAAAUCAAACUCCAUCUCAGAGGCCGUCUGGAGGAACAUCUCCUGGUUGCCCUCAGUGAAGAUAGACUGCUACUACAUUAACGACCAUCAGUGACUAUUUCUUUUACGAUUAGUGUCAUCUGGUUCAUUUAGAUCCAUGCACAGUAUUUUGAUGCACAUUUUCAUUGAUCCUUUAAACCAAACAAAACUCUACCUUCUUACUACCAAAUGUGUCCUUGGUGUCUUUAAUUUCGCACAGUUAAACAGUGUGUGUUCAGCUUGGCGUGUAAUCGGAAAAUAACCUUCUCCAGCCCUUGCAGAUGACUGCUCACGGCUCCCCCGGUGGCUUUUCUUCUUGCUCAAAUGUUACAUGACUCUCUCCAGCUGCAGGUUGUAAUGAGGAAGAUUGUAGGCAUGCAUGACAGAGAACAUCUGUUUGUUAUUGUUUGCCGAACACUCAGGAUUUAUCCAGAGAGCAUUUUCAUUUUGAAUGUCUGAAUCAUUGAAGCGAAAGAGUCCAGCUUCCGAGGCUUUUGAUAAAUUAUUGCCCUAUUCGCUGAAGCUGCGCUCUAAAAGCUGCUGCUGAUAAGAUUUGUAUUCCCCCACAGAUAACAGAUGAGUAUCUGAGUGAAUUUCUCUUAUCUCCUGAUGCUUUUCACAGCUUUUCUUCCCCUGUUUUGCCUUUAAAAUUGCUGGAUGUGAACGAGUAAUACAGGUGUGAGUUUUUCUUUCAGAGUUGGCAGUACUGGACAUGAACUUGAACUAUUAUUUCAACACCAAAAUAUAUUAUUGUCACUUUUUAUAAAUAUAUACCGUAUCGAGUGUUGUUUUGCUUGUGAAGCUUUUUAGUUUGAUAAAUAAAAUUUCCUCAUAAAAAUGUAA